CGCCCAAAAUAUGUUCUUCUUUUAGUGGGUCACCGUAACAUAAAGGUUAAAAGUGUGGCUGCUGUAAUUAUGAUGGAUGUGGAAAGCAGAAGCCCCUAAAAUAUUGGUGUCUUCACCCCUUUUCCUCUGGUGUCAUUCUGUUGUGCUGCAGCUGUCCCACUGGCCCUGCUGGGAAGGUUCAGGCACUGAAGUACAGAUGAUGAAAACACUGAAACAGGAAUUUAGCAGAGGCAGCCAUGUUAAUUUCUGUUCCAUUUGAAAUGCAGGAAAAUAUUGUCUGCCAAAUGGACAAUCAGUGGGAAAAGAAAUGUUCUUUUCAAGCUUCUAACAGUAGUGACAAUGGAGAGAAAAAUACUAUAAAAAGUAGGCAGCUCCUUUUUCAAGAUUUUGAUUUCGAUGUGUUAUGCACGAUGAACUGUACAGAGUACACAGUUAUUCUUUUGGAGCCCUAAAUGACUGAGUAUUACAAGGCAGGGCUUAGAUUGUCUUUACUGCAUUGCACCUUGUGUUUGGGGGGGAGUAGGGCUUGGCUUCACGGCAAUUUCACCAGUCUUUAGUAUAAUUUUUGAAUACAUUCAUGCUUCCCUUAUUUGCCUUUUUUAAUGUCAAGCAUUGCACAUAAGAUGUUCUGCUGUUGCUAUGCAACUGCUAAAUCCAAUAUUUAAUAUUAAUAAAAACCGAGUGGCAUUAGCAUCACUGAGAACAGUGGGCUAGCAAACUAUGAUUGUACAAUAUCCAAGCUGUAAAACUUGGCAGGGACUUCAGUGUGCGAUUGCGUGCAUAGCAAACUGUGGGGCAUGAGUCACUGGUGGUUACUAUUUUAAGAGUGGUGAGUUUGAGUAAAAUUCUGAGCUCCCUUGAUUUUUAUUUAUUUAUAUAUGCGUUCUAUUUUGAACAGAGAGAUAAGGAAUGAGGUUGGUUGGUUGUUUCAUUUCAGGUCCAAGUUCGGAGGGGUCGCUACACAUGGAAGGGUCAGCAUUAUGAACCUAAGGGUCAAUUCCCUGAUUCUCCUGUUUUUCUUCUAGGUCAGGUUGGUCGCCCUUUCCCACUGUUGCUGCCACUUCCCGAAGCCUGAGUUGGCUUUUUUUGGAGGCAGUGCUUCUUCUCUGCCUGACAAGGUGCUGUUCAAUGAGGUGGAUAGUCUUUUUGGCUUCUCCUUUUCCACCUUGUUUAGUGGUAUCUCCCCUGUUUCUAUUUACUCUUGACUAUAAUUUUACCAUUGCUCUUUCACUUUUUUCUUUGUCCUCUGCUCAGUGCUUUCUGAGAUAAGAUUUUCAGUGUCAGCCUCUUAGAGGUGCUAGAUCAAGGAUGAUUUUAUGCUCUGGCAGUGCUUUGGCUGUUGAAGUCACAUUGCAAACUACAAAUUCCACAGGGUCUUCCAUCUUGUGUGUAGUGAUGUAAGCGCACCGAAAGUCUUGCUGACGCCCAGAGGAAUGUGAUGCUGCUUAUCCCUUUCUUUUGAAGCCAAGACUGUUGUCUGUAAAACAACCAUUAGAUCUAUACAUAGACUGAGUUACUUUAUUAUUGCUUUUUUUUUUUUUUUUGCAGUGUAAUAACUGAAUUUCCUCCAUAGCACACAAUCCUUUGAAGUGGUUUCUUAAGAGGGCAUUUUCAGGUAGUUUAUCUGUCCCUGAUUCACCCAUGCAAGUUUCUCUAAAUUUAAAACUGUAUUUUCAUCUCUUAAGAGAAUUCUUUUAUUUCUUCUGCCUCUCUCAUACUCAGGCAAGUAGGAGAGGUUACCCAGUUCUGUACAAACUGUCGUUAAACCCACAGUGCAAACGUAUUGCAGGGGUAGGGAAGGAAACACAGUAAGUGAUAAUCCUGGGUUUUGUGGCCAUGGUGGAAAUAUGUUUUUAUAAGGAGGUGGACUUGGUCUGUGCCACUCAAAAUAAUCUCUGUACUUUUCAUUUCACUCUUGUUAACUUGACUUCUCCAUAGUAUUGGGUAGUUGAUAGCUCUGUAGGUUUUACUGCCAGCAGGAGUUUAGUGCAAUAUUGAUUUAACGUUUCCAAAUAAUGGCAGUAAUUUCAGUAAAGGCUUUCCCUCUUUUAGAAUAAACUAAAUUGGUUAGAUUUAUUUUAAGUGUGGCAUCAAUCAUGGCAUUGAAGUAAAUCAGACUGUAUUUUAGAUGCAGAUCUUUGACACGAGUGUGUUAGUGAUUAGAAUUUGGUUCCUUAGGGGCAUGGCAUUGCUGAAUCCCUUUCCUUUUAAUUUUCUCUCCUCAAACCUAUAACUGCAGAAAGCAUUGCUUAUGAUAUUUGUUGAAAUGCAGGAAAGUAGCCAAAUGCCACUCUGAGAUGGAAGGAUGUAUUAUAAUGUUAUUUCUAAUUGCAAAAGCAUACCUUUCUUCUGCUUUGAGGCUUAAGCAAGAUAAUUUUUCCCAGUCGCAAUUACCUGGUGUUGUGAAGCACACUGUAGAACCUAAAACUUCCCAUUUUCUUUUCAAAACGGCUUAUUUCAGUGUCGUAAUGUUUUUUGUUUUUAACCCAGCUAAGUGCAGGAGUCAGUGGGCUCUAGAUUCUGCUGUGGUUUGUCAGUAGUUCAGUCAUCACAAUUGACCCAUGCGUCUUGUAAUGCUAAGAGAAAACACAUUGAGCUCUGUUCUUGGAACAGAUAAAUAUAGAACUGCUAUUGUGAAUAUUCUUGUAGUGACGUACUUAAUCUAGAAAGCUAACAAUUCUUUUAUUUGCUUUUAGGGUUUGAAAGUAUUCUAGAAGGCCUGUUUGGACCUGGAUUAUUAAAAGAUCUCAGUUUGUUUAAAGACUGUGAGCCUGAAGGUGUUUCUGAUUGGUCUUUUGAUGAAAAUUGUCUUUUCUGCUGCCUGAGAAGAGAAAAAGUGAAGGAGCACUUAGUCUGUCUGGAUGAGCCAGCCUCGGAAGCUGGACAAGAAGCUCUGCUUAGACAAGAGCAAGCAAAAAUCAUUCGUUUUGAAAGGCAAGCGGAAGAGUUCCUCAAUGCAGUCUUUUACAGAAAAGACAGUCCUAGGGUCUCUGACCCCAAUAUUCCCCUAGUGGCCCGUGAGAUCAUGCAGCGAAUGAUCCGACAGUUUGCUGCUGAAUAUACCUCAAAAAAUAGCUCUACUCAGGACUCCAGCCAGCCCAAUAGCACAAAGAACCAAAGCCUGCUGAAAGCAUCUCUGGUCGCCUCCUCUCCCACGGCUGCAACUGCUCAGAACCCUGUGCUCAGCAAACUUCUCAUGGCUGACCAAGACUCACCUCUGGACCUUACUGUCAGAAAGUCUCAGUCAGAACCUAGUGAACAAGACGGCGUGCUUGAUUUGUCCACUAAGAAGAGUCCUUGUGCUGGCAGCACCUCUCUGAGUCAUUCUCCAGGAUGCUCCAGUACUCCAGGAAAUGGUGAGGAUGCAGCAGAGGCAGUAGCAAUAGACUCUAACAAUCAGCCCAAGUCUCCACUGGAAAAGUUUAUGGUCAGACUGUGUACGCACCACCAGAAGCAGUUCAUCCGUGUGCUAAACGACAUAUACACUGAAGUACAACCGGACUGUGAAGGCCAGCAGUCGUCUGAAUCCGAAAGCAUGGAGGCCUCCACUUGUGGCUCUGGUUGUAGCCAGCAAAGCACUGAAAACCAGGAUAAGGGUGCUACGUGUACUGACCCAAGGCCCCUUUCUUCCUUGGAGCCAGGACAGCCAGGCACUGACAGCACUGGGCAGCCUGCAGAGCUGAAACCCAUGGACAGGGCAGAGAGCUCCAGCCCUGCUUUGAGGAGAGACUUCCCUGACCUCCCCAGCACGCGGCUGCACUCUGCCAGCCCAAAGGACAGCUCCACUCAAGGAUACCUCAGCACGUUGAACUCUUCCUCAUUGAAUUUCCACCACACCACAAAAAGCCUGGAGGGGCAAGCUGCUGGCCACGAACAAGAUGCCAGCGUCAGAAGGUGUGAGGACAGCAAAGAGCAGGGAGCAGGUAAGGCACUAGUGGAAGGCUACAUCUCUGUCAAAGUGGCCAACGUGAACGGCAGUGAGGAUGGCCUGGACAGUUGUCUGGGCUCCCAGAAGAGCUCUUUCAGGGCUCUGCCAGAGGAGCCCUGGGACCCUGGCUUUGCUGUCAGCUCUCCUCGCUGUGCGGACAAAGAGAAUGCAUUACAGUGUGGCUCGAAAGCAUCUUUGCACCAGGACCUCGAUGUGAAAGAACAAGACACAAGACCAAAGCCAGACAACCACCUGCACGCUGUGGCCAAGGGCAAGGUAGGCUGCCACCUGCACCCAGCCGACAAGGGCCCGCUUGACAAAUCCAAAGAGGGCUGGCUGCCUGCUGGCACCACACCAACCUCCCACCGUGCCCCUGCUGGGCACCCCCGUGCCAAGGCAGCCUCCCUUCGGCCCUCCCGCAAGAGCAAAAAAGCCUCAGGGCUGCGGAUUAAUGACUAUGACAACCAGUGCGACGUGGUCUACAUCAGCCAGCCCAUCACUGAGUGCCACUUUGAAAGCCAGCGUGCCGUGUCGUCCCGCAGGACGGCACGGAAGAGCACGCGGGGGUAUUUCUUCAAUGGGGAGUGCUGCGAGCUGCCCACUGUCCGCACGCUGGUGAAAAGCUCGCGGGCAGAGGAGCGGGGCGGCGGCAUGGCGCAGCGGACGCAGGCGCUCGUAAGCACGAAGCCAACUCUGGUGCUUUCAGGGGGCAGCUCCACGGGGGCAGGGCGGGAUGGGGAGAAAAGGGUUUCGCUCCGGCUGCUGGCCAAAGGCACGCCAGCUGGCAGAGAGACGAAAGGCAGGGGUGAUCUGGGCUCCGUCCAGCGGGAGCUGCGGGACAUGCGGGUACUGCGGUCACGGGAGGCCUCUGCAGCUGUGCCCCUGUUCUCACUCUCAGCACCACCCAGCCCUAUGACGGAGGACAGCAUGACUGGCUCUCCACCCCCAGGCUCCCCCUGUAGCCAAGGGGCUGGGGGCUUGGCUGCCCUGGAGGUUGGUGCAGCUCCCUCUGGGGAUGGCAGCUCCAAGGACAGUGAUGCUGCACCAGCUGCAGGCUGUGCCACCCUUCCCGCCACUGAAACAGCCAUCGGGGAGAAAGGUUCCCCAGAUGUGGGUGUGCAAACUACUCCAGACCUUCCCGCCAGCCCAGAGCCAGGGUCCCCCGUGCAGCUCUGCCCUGCUUUGGAUGCAACACCUGAGGCUGACACCAGGGACCAUGCAGUGCUCCCAGGUGCCAGCAGCACAGAGCCCUGUGGUGUGCAUCCCGCAGAACUUUCUCCACACUCUCCAGAGCUGCAGGCUCCUGAGCAGCCCCCUGCCACUGACGGCAGGAAUUGUCCACCAGAGCCCUCUGCCACCUUGCAGAGCGUGGAGGUGAACAAAAGCACUGAUACUAUACCAGAUGCUGAACUAUCAGUUGUACCAGGUGACACCUCCCUUGAGCAAGAGGAGGCUGCACCAGCCAGCAUAGCUCUCCCUGUGGACUUGGAAGGCGAGGCAGAGCAGAACAACAGCCUGGCAGGUGAAAAGGAGCCUGCUGAAGAGGAAACACUGCCCGAAUCCGAUGGCUUGGAAACAGCAGAGAAAGACUCCAUCUCUUCCAAAGACAGCCUAGACAAGAAGCGAAAGAAAGGAAGGAGAACACUUGUGGCAUCUGACCGGCGUCUCCGAAGCCAGCAGUCUCAACCACCCACUGAGGUCAGCACUGAGGACACUGGUUCUUCCAGCCCUGUGCAUUUUCCUGGCCUUCAGAUCAAAGCCUCCAAGAGUCCUGGUGCUAAGCGGUUCAAGAGAGAAGGGAACCUGGAUGGGACAACACCCGCAAACUUCCCGAAUGACUGCUUCCAUAGUGCACUGCUCCAGCACAAUGAGGGGCUAAGCACCAGGCAGGCUCCAGAAAGCAUUGCUGAGGAGAACGGUGUCACCACCAGGCAGACCUAUAAAAGCAUCUUAGCAAAAGAAACUGCAUCCGAGGGAGAAAAUUCCCAUAAAGACAACCCUGCUGCUACAGGUGGCCACAGUCAACCAGGUGAGAUGCUGGACAUCUGUGUGCAGACUGAUGCUGAGAAGAAAAGCAUCCUCCUCCCAGCAGAAAGCAGUGUGCCUGCAGGCAGUGUGCAAGCAGAGGUGAAGCUGGGCGAUGCUUGUGCAAAAGAGGAGAGCUCUGACAGUACCAUAGACACGGGGAAGCUGGAGCACUAUGAGCCGGUGAGCAGCCAAUCUCCGUGUCCCACCAGCAGAGGUGGAGGAAGCAAGCAUCUCCCAGCGAAGGCUGCCAAGCACAAAAAGGUCACCCUGCAGUUUUACAACUUAAGACACACACCUGCAACAGCUGACACUGCAAAAAAGAGCUUGCCAGGGAAGGAGUCUAUGCAGGCUGUCCCUAAAGCCAGGGACGAGUGCAGUUCAGGGAAUGAUGAUGCCCUGGCGCUGGAGGAUAUGGAUGCAGAAGACAGCAAGCCGAGGUUCAUGGAGUGGUGCGCUGAGGAGGAGAACCAGGAGCUGAUUGCCGAGUUCAACGCCCAGUACAUGAAGGUGCAGAAGGGCUGGAUCCAGCUGGAGAAGGAGGUGCAGCCAGCCCCCAAGGUGAAGAACAAAGCCGACAAGCUGAAGGAGAUCUGGAAAAGCAAGAAAAGGACGCGGAAAAGCAGAGGGGCGCUGGAGGUUCAGAAGCUGUCUCCUGUCCAGAUGCUGUUCAUGAAGGCCUACAAGCUGUCUGACAUCUGCCAGUGGUUCCUGGAGACCACCGAGACCCGCUCGCUGGUGAUCGUGAAGAAACUCAACACGCGUCUCCCGGGGGAGAUCCCCCCCAUCAAGGUUCCCAUGCAGAAGUACUCCUCCUCUGGCCUCUACCCCAGCUCACUGCAGGCUGAGCGCUUGAAAAAACACCUGAAGAAAUUUGCCGCCACCACGCCGGCCCGCAACAACCUGAAAAACCAAAAGCUGUGGGCCAAGAUCCGCGAGAAUGCCGACAAAGCUGAGGCUGAGGAGGGCAAGGUGGCCGGCCAGCCUCCUCCGCCUGAAGCCAGCCCCGAGGAGCUGAGCCAGGAGCGGGGCGCACAGCCCACCCCCAGCCUGCCCACCCAGGCCAGCACCCGCAUCCUGCGCAAGUACUCCCAGCUGAGGGGCAAGCUGCGGGCCCAGCACCGUGCCACCCGCGCCGACCGGCGUGGCGACGUGCCUGGCGAGCAACCGGGCCCCGAGGGCAAGACCAGCCGCAAGAGCCUGUGCAUCAACCCGCUCAUGUCCCCCAAGCUGGCCCUGCAGAUCAAGGCAGAUGCCUUCCCCACUAAAUCACCUUCAGCAGAUGGAGUGGGGAAAGGGCGGAAAGGGAAGAGUAAAGGCCAGGAGGAGCCCUCGCCCCGGGCUGAGCAGCUCAGCAGGAAGAAGAGGACUCUGAAGGAGAGUGAGGCCACGCAGGAGCGGGCUGGCUCCUCGGGGAAGGACAAGGUGCCGGCCAAGAAGGCUGGAAAAAUAAAACACUCAGAGGUGGGCACCAAGGCCCCCGCCACCCGCAAGCAGGUGGAGAGGAGCAGCAAGCUGGCCAAGAAGAUGUCUUCAAAAGAGAAGAGAGUCCCAAAAAGGCAACUGGAGAAGGUGCGGCUGCCGGUGCGGAAGGGCAAGGAGAACACCAGCCGCCGUGCCGCGCCGCCGCCCGGCCACGAGGAGCUGGGCCCAUCCCCGCGGCACAGACCGCUGGGCGAGUCCUCGACGCGGGCACAGAAGAUGGCCAACAAGAAGGCGGGCGGGGGGAAGGCCCUUCCCAGGGCUGUGAGGAAGGGGCAGGAAGGCAGCAGUUCGCAGGGCAAGAGGAAGCUGCGGGCGAAGGGAGACUGCUCGCACAGCAAGCGCUCGCGGCUGGAUGCCAAGUAGCAGUGCAGCGGUAGCCAUGUACAGAACUCUUGUAUAGUAGUAACCCUUACCAUGCAUUAACUAAAGCUGCUUUUAUAAGCUGUAGCAAGCCUUUAAAAUCCGCAGUUACAGGAUCAUGCCCGUGAUGUUAGGCAUCGGAAGCUGUGUCUGAGGCGGAGAAGAGGUCAGCCUGUCUGGCUCUGCUGUUCCGAAGGAAGUGUUUGCAGUUCCGAUGGUCCUGGGGCUUUUGAACUCAGAACCAGGCAGUUUUAGUUAAAAGUACAGUGCCUUAUUUAUCACUUUAAAAAUAAAAUUAAGAAGCUCGUCUGUGUGAUUUGGAGGCUUGCGUUUUAUACUUGAGGCACAAGCACUUGUACUGUAGCAGAAAGAAAACCACCUUUGUGCACAUGAAGUAGCUUUCGGCAGCCUUUUGGUGCACGCCAGCAUUUCCCUUCCCUUCAGCGCCCUUCUGUCUGUCUGUGAGUGGCAUUUCAAGCAAACCCAAACCCCUUUGCCAUCGGUGAGGGAGACGAAGGUGGAUGGGACACGUGUUGGUUCUCCUGCAGCUGCCGGUGGCUCUCCAGGUACCCACACAUGGAUGUCACCCUGCAGCUCUGCCCCUACCCCUGUUCCUUUGCACGGCUGCAGCUGAUUUUCCCUAUAGUUUGCAUUCACUUUUGUAUACAAACACGCACCUUGCUGCUUGCAGGAAUCCCAGUGUAAGCGUCCCGUGCAGGAAGCAGCAAGGCUUUGGUUUGAAAACUUUCCCUCCCCUUUAAAUCAUGCAAAAGUGAGCUCUUUAAGCAGCAACAAAGUGAUUAAAUCUAGCCUGUCAGACCCUGUACAGAUUAAUACGGAGUUAUCUAUGACUUUAAUUUUUACUGCAUGUAUUAAAGAUGUCAAACAUUCCAUCAGGAAAGAUUUAAAAGCAUUUCAGGAGAGGCGCUGGUGGCAGCCAUAGCACUGCUCUGUGCCUUCCCCACAGGUCUCUCUGCCUUUCCCUUCCCUUGGUCUGGAUUAGAAAUGCAGGACCCCCUCCCCACAUUCUGCAUUUAAUUUCUCUUUGAAUUCUGGGGGCUGUCCCUUGCUGCCCCAUGUUGGGAUGGCAGCUCGUGAUGUUGCUCCCCAGAGCUGUGCUGCAGCCUUAGCACAUGUCGAAUGGGAUGCUGGGCAUCCCGUGGCAUGGGAGGAAUGUGAGUUGUCAGGCUGAAAGCUGAGGGCAGGCCGGGUGAUGGGGUGCCUGGCGAGGCAGCAGAGUGCUCUUCUGUUUUAUUUAACAGUGACAGCUUUGGUCUUCAGGAGGGGCUUUGUCUUUGAUGGAUAGAGUGCGACCACCACCUGUGGCCAAGUGACUGCAGCCAGCACUUGGGCAUGGCCCUGCCCAGGUCAGGGUGGGCACAGCGGUGCUCUAUGCGAGUUCUCUGCAUCGUAGGUUGGCCAGGAGUGCUCUCAUCUCCAGAAAAACAGGGCGGCUUCCUGCUGGGAGGCAUCUCCAGCUCUGUGCUGCCUCUCAGGAGGUGCCAUCUCCUCCUCAUCUCCUGUGCGUGUUCUCAUGCUGACACCAGUUGUAGCUCCCGGGUCUUGCAGCUGAUGAGACGUGCUUUUACCAUGUGCUUUGUGCUUGUGAGUGCUGUGUUUUGGGAAAGGAUGGAGGGAUGUUUUAGUUUGCUAGCAAAUGAAGGGAUCUGCAUAUGAGGUGGCCACGUGGCAGGGUGGCAUCGCCACCAUUUCUUCAUCAGUGCCCAAAUUUGAUUUUCUUCUCCCUCUCUUCCAGGCAGUGUUGCGUUGCUCCAUUCCCACUUACUCCCUGAUGUCCUCCCUCCAGCCCCAGUGCUGUGCCCCCAGUGCUCCCCGAUCACAGCAGUGCCGGCUGCUGCUGCCACCGCCACCCCUUCAGCUUUCCUUGUUGGCUGACUUCUCAUCCUACUCUCGGAGUUUACCUCCACCCCCACUCCCUGCUCCGCGUAUCAUAGCGUCCGUUCCGCCCAUCCCUUCGCUUGGUGGUUGUGAAAUGAAUCCAUCUGUUCUAAGAUGUUCUCAGGAGUUUGUAUUAAGAUCACCCCUAGGCUUAGCGGAAUCACGGUUUCUCCCCCCCCCCCCCCCCCCGACCCCCCUGGUUUGAGAGCACUUCCACCGGGCCGCGGGCAGCUGGCGUUUGAUUCAGGGCACGUUGGCAGCUGUGGGAUGGCCACAGAGGGCACCGUGGUGGCCAUUGUGGUGUCACCUGGCCCGCCAGGCCACCUCGCUAGCCAAUGUUUUCUAAGUCUGUUUGUAAGAGUACCUAAUUUUAAAAUGAAAUGUGAAUAUAUAUUAUGUGUAGGUGCCAUGUAAGAUAGUGUUGUGCUAGGCGGCAGGAUGCUAACCUACUUUUUAAGCUUUUGGGGCAGGUAAAGACAUUUUUUUUCUCUCUCUCUCAAUUCUCACGGAUUUAAUAUUGUAAAUAGUCGGGUUUUUUAUAUUUAUUUUGUGGGCUUUCUGUAGGUUCUUGUUCCGACUGGCGGUCACUGUGGCUGCCUGAUGGCGCAGGGGGACAGGGUCCCGUCCCAUCGGUGUCCAAGCAUUAACUCUUCAUCUCAUUUCUGAUGAUGUCAGAGGGUGAGCGGGAGCUGGGAGGGAGGGGUGGGGGUCUCCAUGGUGGGGGCACUGCCAGCAAUAAGAUUUUAGUAAUAAUGUCUUGGGUGACGGGGGCUCAGCCCACUGUGGGGUGCGGGUCUGGAGGAGCUGCCCCAGGGCUGUUCCAAGCGGCUGCUCUGACCCCAAGGUGCCCGCAGAGCAGGGCAGAAGGGCAGCUGUCCGCAGCCAAGCUGGCCCCAUAAGGUCAUUGCCUCUUUGCUUGCCCUUCUGCCAUGUUUAUUGGAGGGUUUGAGGUCGGUUGCCUGUUUGUGUGUGUUUUUCCUACGUGUGUGUGGCUUUUUUCUGGCUGUUUUUAACCCCGUUUUGCUGUACCCAUCCCAUAAUGGGGUUAGCCCUGCUGUUCAGUGACGGGUCCCUCAUUUCAGAGCAUGGGAUGGGAGUGAGACAGAGGGGCUCACGAGAGCCCUUCAUUUUUGGAACUGUAGUGUGGAAAAAGAAAGGAAAAAAAAAAAAGAAAGAAAAGCACCAACCCAACCAACCCAAUAUGUUUCUUUUUGUUCUUUCCAAGAUGCUCAACGUUUGAAUCCUAGUUCCGCCCCAGUAGCAAAUGUGUCCACUUCCCUGGAAGGAGUUUUGUCGCUCUGUUCGUUUCUCUAGGAUGAACUUUAGACACUGAUCCGAACAGCCCUCCUGUCCGGUACUGUAUGUCAGAGCCUGACCAAUGUGAAAUGUCAGAAUGGUGUGCAGGGAGCACGGCCGCUCGCUCGGCUCCGUGCUGGGGGAAAGCAAAACGUCUGCUGUGAAUCCUCGGUCGGAAAGGUGCAGAGGGGUUUCCAUUAGAUGAUGUUUACAUACCUCACCUGACGAACCUUUGAACAUGUAUAUAAAAAAUGAAAUAAAGUUAUAUUAAGUUGCUUUAAAUCGAUAUGUAUAGCUAUAAGAGCUGGGUCAUUUGAACUUUGGCUGUGUAUCGACUCUCUCAGUGUUGACAUUUUGUGAACUCUGUGCUCCUGUCGUUUAGACUCUCGAGGAAGCUGUGUUCUUGUUCCAGGUAAAGCUCCCUGACUCAGAUCUGAGUUCCUCACGGACUCCCACCGCCUUGUUUUCUUUUCUCUCUCUGUUGUUGAUAUUCACCCAAUGAUGAGCUUUCUAAAGGUCCGUAUUUUAUUGCAGCUUAUUAAACGUUUCUUUGAUAUCAGAGCCGCUUUGCUGUGAUAAAUUGGGGGAUGGUGGGGGCGUGGAUGGCACACGUGGGCCACAGCCAUGGGGCAC